GCUCGCCCCGUGAGGAGUGCGUGGCCUGUGCGGAAGCGGAUUGACACCGCGCCUUGGGCCUCUGCAGAAAGAGCGGAGGCGCGUUUUCGUUUUCCCGUGGCGGCUAUCUACUCCGGCCGCUGCCGGAACGAGGAGAAAAGACUAGAAAAGACUAAAGACGGGAGUCGCUUUCCUGUUCCCUAUCCACCGACAUCCCUGUCACGAUGGGAUAGAAAGAAAAGAACCUUCACAGUCUGGUCCUAGUUUUACACGUAAGGAGAGGAAAAUGCACGCGAGUUAAUGAGCCAAACACCAUACAGCUGGUCAGUGAGAGAAUCACAAAUACUAGUCGUUAACGCCAUCUUGGGUGAAUGCCGUACUUUUUCUUCAGACCAACCAGAUAACGGAGAAGCAAUUACAAAUUCUGAAUGCUGUUAGAGGAUCCUGGGAGGCAGAGUGGCUGAUCCUCAUCUAAGCUGUGUCUCUGACUCGUUUCUGGCUUUAGGCAAGUUCUUCCAAUGGGAAAAAUGGUGAAGAUGUUCGGUUUCAUCCUUGUCACCACUACCCUGGUAAUGGGCAAGGCAACCUGGGCUCUCGAGAACUGCCUUCAGGAGCAGGCGCGGCUCAGAACCCAGGUGUACCUGCUUGAGACCCGGGUCAAACAGCAACAGGUCAAGAUCGCGCAGCUUUUGCAUGAGAAGGAACUCCAGUUCUUCGAUAAAGGAGAGGAGAACAGUGUCAUUGACCUUGGAGGCAAGAGGCAAUACGCAGAUUGUUCAGAGAUUUUCAAUGAUGGAUAUAAGCAGAGUGGAUUUUACAAAAUCAAACCUCUCCAGAGCCCAGUGGAAUUCUCUGUUUAUUGUGACAUGUCUGAUGGAGGAGGAUGGACUGUGAUUCAAAGGCGAUCUGAUGGCAGUGAGAACUUUAACAGAGACUGGAAUGACUAUGAAAAUGGUUUUGGAAAUUUUGUCCAAAAAAAUGGUGAAUAUUGGCUGGGUAAUAAGAAUCUUCACUUACUGACCACACAAGGAGACUACACGUUAAAAAUUGACCUUGCAGAUUUUGAAAGAAAUAGUCGUUAUGCACAAUAUAAAAAUUUCAAAGUUGGAGAUGAAAAGAAUUCCUAUGAGUUGCAUUUUGGGGAAUAUUCUGGAACAGCUGGAGACUCCCUUGCAGGGAAUUUUCAUCCCGAGGUGCAAUGGUGGGCUAGUCACCAAAGAAUGAAAUUCAGCACAUGGGACAGAGAUAAUGACAACUACGAAGGGAACUGUGCGAAAGAGGAUCAGUCCGGCUGGUGGUUUAACAGGUGUCACUCUGCAAACCUGAAUGGUUUAUACCACAGCGGCCCCUACACAGCUAACACGGACAAUGGCGUUGUCUGGCACACCUGGCAUGGAUGGUGGUACUCUUUGAAAUCUGUGGUUAUGAAAAUUAGGCCAAAUGAUUUUGUUCCAAAUGUUGUUUAAUUGUCCCUGUUGGGCUUUUGCUUCUGCAAUUCAUCUUGGCUUUAGUGAUUAGAGAAAUAGUAAUUCUGAACACUUACAUGUGUGAUGACGACAAAUGGUACAUGCACUGCUUUUCAGUCUUACUUGCCUUUAUUACUUAAUGUACUUCCAGCACAGCAAAUAUGUGAUACUCACCAAAUAAAUAUAGAUCAUGUUAAUAUUUA